CUAAGCCCCAGGCUACCCUUCACCAGGGCCCCUGAUGGUGGGGAUGGACUUGAUGCAGCCUGAGACCAGGUCGCGGCCCCCCGAGUUACCCCAGCUGAGCUGGUGGGAGCUAGAUGGGAACACGUGUAGCGUAGUCAGACAGGCCGGGUCAAUAACAAUGGAGCAGACAGUAGUAGACGGUAAGCAAAGAAUACUCAGGUCACGGGCCAGGUUCAUCAACGGAAGGUCAGGUAAAGGGUUUAAAGCAGCAAAUAGUCUUGUCCAAGCCGAGACGGUUACCAGGAGAGCAACGAGAACAGAACAAGAGCUUGCAACAAGGAAACAUACAGGA